ACUCCCUCGCGCUCUCUCUAUCUCUCUCUCGCUCGUUUCAAGUUUCAACUCAGUAUUAUAAUAACGAAGCACUCUACGCUCCCUUAUCUCUCUCUAAACGAUCUGAAAACUGUUCCUUUGGUUUUUGUGUUUUUGGGCGGGGGAGAUGGGUGGAUCAGGGAAAUGGGUGAAGUCGCUCAUCGGCCUCAAAAAGUCGGAGAAGGAUGAUCAGGAGAAGGUGAGUGGUGGUGGUGGUGGAAGAAGCGGGAAGUGGAAGCUGUGGAGGAGCUCCUCCGGAUCGAGAAGCGGAGGCCAGCGAUCGGCUUCGGAGGCCUCCGACACUUCAUCGGUUGCCGCCGAUGCCUUCAAUUCGGCGGUGGCGGCGGUGGUGAGAGCGCCUCCGAAGGACUUCAGGGUCGUGAAGCAGGAAUGGGCCGCUAUCCGCAUUCAAACUGCUUUCCGUGGCUUUUUGGCAAGAAGAGCAUUGAGGGCAUUGAAGGGGAUCGUAAGGCUCCAGGCGUUGGUUCGGGGGCGGCAGGUGAGGAAGCAGGCGGCGCUGACGCUCAAGUGCAUGCAGGCGCUGGUGCGAGUGCAGGCGCGUGUCCGGGCCCACCGUGCGCAGCUCUCCGCCGAGGGCCAGGAUGCCGACGACAUGCUUGAGAAUAGCCGCAGCGACUCGGAUCCCGUGAAACAAGCUGAGGAAGGAUGGUGUAACAGUCAAGGCACCGUCGAGGAAGUUAGAACAAAGCUGCAGAUGAGGCAAGAGGGCGCCAUUAAGCGCGAAAGGGCGAAGGCUUACGCUCUUUCUCAACAGCAAUCAAGAUCAUCUCGGAAUGGAAGAUCUAACACUUCAGUGAAUUCUCUGAAACAUCAUGAGACCGAUAAAAACAAUAGAAAUUAUAGCUGGUUGGACCGUUGGAUGGCAACAAAACCAUGGGAGAACAGGCUGUUGGAACAAAGCCAGAUCGAAUCACCUGAUACACAUUAUUCAAAAUGCUUUGAAGAAAUCCAAGAACCAGGGUCUCAAGUUUCUAAUUUCAGCUUGGUAAAGGUUAAAAGAAGCAAUAUCAGUACAAGGGUUUCAGCAAAACCUCCUCCUUUACUUCGUAACAACCGGUACGGAGCUCAAUCUGCUUCCUCUUCUGAUUUUCAGUAUGAAGAGAGCUCUCCUUCAUCUCCUUCUAUUUGUACUUCAACUCCGAUUUCUGGUAACAAUCUCUUAGCAUCAGAAAGAACAGAAGAAGCUGGUCAUAAUAGGCCCAGCUAUAUGAGCUUGACAAAAUCGGUCAAGGCGAGACAAGGAGUAUGUGCUGGUAAGGGAAAUACAAUUCAAAGACAUGAAUCUAGGGAUUUGCAGUACCACAAAAAGUUGCCAUUCUCUUCUACGAUUGAUUCGAAGAGCAUUUCAGAAUCGGAUCCUUCGGUUUCCCUGAAGAAACUUAAUCUAGCUUCUUUGAAGGGUAGGAGCUUGACGAGAAGCUUAGAUAAGGAGAACUCAUAUUCUGACGGUAGAUCGGCUUCUUUGUAUUAGCAAGUUGCAUGUAGGAUUUUGAUGCCUCGAAACUUAGAGAUAUGUGAGUUCUUUGUGCAUGGUCUUUAGUUCCAACAUCUUGUUGUUAUUUGUGAAAAUCGAAUGUGUGGUGGUUCACUUAA